AUGGGCGCCGGUUGGGCAGCCCGCGCCACACUCCGUCCGUGCACCGUCGCUGCCGCCGCCUCGCCUGCCAGUGCCGGCAGCGCAUCCACCAGCCGUCAGGAGCGCUCGGAAGGCACGCCCAUCGAGGGCGUCACUGUCGGGGGCCUCGCGCUGCUGCAGCAGGAGUUUGACGUGGCGGGCCGCCGGCUGCGCGUUGUCUGCCCCAGGGACCCGGACGAGGUCUUGGAUCACUACAUCAGCACCGGUGCCGAUGGGGAUCCGUAUUGGACGCGCGUCUGGGCGUCCGCCAUCGCGCUGGCGGCGGAGCUGCUGCGCCGGCCGCAGCUCGUCAAAGGGCUGCGGGUGGCGGAUCUCGGCGCUCUGGCCGCCCAGCGGCACCGAAGCAACAGCGACGCCGAGGCGCCUCACGAGCCAGCACCGUCCGCCUCCUCGCCCCGCCUCCCGCACGUUCGCGCGCACGCCGCCCCCGCAGCUGGCCUCGGCGUUGCUGGGAUCGCGGCCGCCCUGGCAGGCGCCAGGGAGGUGGUCCUGCUGGACAGGGAGCCGAUGGCGCUGGAGUGCGCGCUGCUGUCGGCGCGCGCCACCGGGCUGGCAGACGUGCGGGACUUGGAGGUGGGCACCAGCAGCAGCGGCGGCGGCAGCGGCGACGGCAGCGGCACAGCGAGCGGCGACGGCGGCAGCGGGGCAAGCAGCAGUUGCAGCGCGGGCAGCAGCGGCGUCGGUGCCAGCCCGGACGACGUGGCCGCGGCCGAGCGCCGCGCGAGCCACGGGCUCGCGGGCGGCGGCGGCGAGCGUGCGUGCGCCCUGAGCGCGGCUGUGUUCGACUGGCACAGCCCGCCGGCGGACCUGCGGCGCUUCGACGUGGUCCUCGCGUGCGACGUGCUGUACGAGGCGGACGCGGUGGGCCCGAUCUCGGCUGUCGUUCCGAAGCUUUUGAAAUCGACGUCCGGCGCGCUGCUGCUGUCGGACCCGCCGAACAGGACGGCGGCAAACAGGGAGCGGUUCCUGCAGCUCCUGCGCGAGGGCGCGGCGCCGUUUGCGAUCGAGGAGAGCUACCAAUUCAGCUGCCCGGUGACCCAGCUGGACCCCGAGCUGAGGGGCGGCGUGCGCGAGGAGUCGGUGCCCAUCCAGUUCCAGGUGCUUCGGCGAGUGCUGGGGAACGACACUGUCGGCCUCAAGCUGCCCUCUGUCCUGUAA